GCAUUCCAUAAUUUCAUCUUCCAUCAGCUUCCCUUAAAAAUUUCAUGUCAAUAUAUCGUUUAGUAUUGGAAUGGCAGUCCUUCAGAUUAGAUGCAUCAAACAAUUCUAACAAAAUGGAAAAAGUGGAAAUUCGGCCAAUGAUUAAAUAUUUUUUUUUGAAAGGCUUAAAAGCAAGUGAGAUCAAAAAAGAGUUGGAUACAACAUUGGGAGACUCCUCUCCAUGGUAUAUAACAAUUAAGUGAUGGGUUGCUAAAUUUAAAAUGGGCCGAAUCAGCACAAAUAAUGAACCACGCAGUGGGCGCCCUGUUGAGGUGACCCCUCCAAAAAUUAUAGAAAAAAAUCAUAAAAUCAUGUUGGCUGACCGGAGAGUGAAAGUGAGGGAGGUAGCAGAAUCAAUAAGGAUCACAACAGCGUGUAUUCGAAAUAUUUUAGAUGAACACUUAACAAUGAAUAAGCUUUGCGCCAGGUGGGUGCCGCAUUUGCUAGCUCCAAACCAAAAACAGCGUCGUAAGGAUGUCUCGGCUGAUUUUUGGGCACACUACAAGGGUAAUCCAACUGAGUUUUUGCGUCGAUUCAUUACUGUCGAUGAAACAUGGGUCUAUCAUUACACCCCCGAGACAAAACAGCAGUUGAGACAGUGGACCAAAAAAAAAGAACCUGCUCCGAAGAAAGCGAAGACAGUUGCAUCGGCCAGUAAGGUUAUGGCCACCAUAUUUAGGAUGCGAGGGGAAUAAUUUUUAUUUACUACCUUCAGAAGGGAAAAACAGUUAGUGGGGAAUAUUAUGCGACUCUAUUACAACGUUUACAACAGGAAAUUAACGCAAAACGGCCACAUUUAGCGAAAAAAAGGUGCUGUUUCAUCAGGUAACUUCCAGUUUAUAGUUUUUUUAAAACUGUUCUAAAUACACACUUAUUUUAUCUUCAAGGUUACGUCAAACCCCAUAAAUAAUCACAAAUUUAUGAAAUUCAUUGUUUUGUUGAAUUAUAGCUUCUAGGUUAUUAUCCUCACGAGAUUAUUUUAACGGUUAACUUCAUUGCUCCAAACCAGUUUAUUCUAAGCUUCAAAGCCGCGAAGACCUUAAUCAUGGGUCUCUUCAUCGAAGACACUUGGAUGGAAAUUUUCCUCCUCAUAACCACGUCCAUCGUAAUCGUGAUAAAUUAUUUCCACAAGACCUAUAACUACUGGACAAGAAAAGGCGUCCCUACUAUCAGACCCAAAUUCCCGUUAGGUAACACCAAUAUUCUGCUUCCUCGCAGUUUUUCCGUCGGUACUCUCAGCAAGAGAUUUUAUGAUGAAUUCAAGCGACAAGGGCACAGGUUCGGGGGUGUUUAUUUGGUGACCGCUCCGAAUUUAGUGAUUGUGGAUCCAGAAUUGAUUAAAGACAUUAUGGGUAAAGAUUUCCAACAUUUUGUGGAUCGCGGGUUUUACUACAAUAAAGAAGACGAUCCGCUGAGUGCUCAUCUGUUUGCUAUUGAUGGAUUGGACUGGAAAAAUCUUAGGGUUAAACUCACCCCCACUUUCACUUCAGGAAAAAUGAAAAAAAUGUUCCAUUCGAUGAUCGAGUGUGUUAAUAACAUGAAGGAGGCUAUCGACAAGAGUUUGGGUGAAGAUAUAGAUAUUAAAGAGAUGCUGGGAAGGUUUACCACCGAUGUGAUCGGUUGCUGUGCUUUUGGCAUCGAAUGUAACAGCUUCAAGUAUCCGGAUGCAGAAUUUAGAGCAAUGGGGCACAAAAUUUUUCAGCCCGGCUUACUUAAAUCGAUAAGAGCGUUUCUUGCUAUGAACCUGCCAAAACUGGCGUUACGACUAGGUGUCAAAACACUUAACGAAGAUAUAGCUAAGUUCUUUAAGGAUAUUGUGGCAGACACUGUUAAGUUGCGCCAGGAAAAAAAUAUCAGACGUAACGACUUUUUACAAAUUUUAAUAGACUUGCAAGAUUCGGCUAAUUUUACUAUUGGUGAAAUGGCGGCUCAGGUAUUUUUGUUCUUCAUUGCUGGAUUCGAAACGAGCUCCACGGCAAUGACUUUUGGUUUGUACGAAUUAGCACGAAAUCCUGACGUACAGAAGAAGUUAAGAGAAGAAAUCUGCCAAGUUUUAGAAAAGUACGACAAUAAAAUAACUUAUGAAAGUUUGAACGAGAUGAAAUAUCUAGAACAAGUUUUCGACGAAACUUUGAGGAUGUAUCCACCUCUCCCAAAUCUAAAUCGUCGUUGCACUAAAAACUAUACCCUUCCAGAUACAAAUGUGGUCGUUGAGGAAGGUACUUCUCUUCUUAUAUCCGCCUUGGGUUUGCACAUGGACCCAGAAUAUUACCCAGAACCGGAAAAAUUUGAUCCAGAAAGGUUCAGUGAAGAAAAUAAAAAGGCGAGGCAUCCAUUUGUGCAUUUACCGUUCGGCGAUGGCCCCAGAAAUUGUAUAGGUUUACGAUUUGGAUUAAUGCAGUCGAAAAUUGGUAUAAUUACCGUCAUUAAAAAUUUCCACCUAUCAGUCAGUCCAUUGACUAAACCUGUGGAGUUUAACCCUCGUACAUUUUUGCUAAGUUCUAAGAAUAAUGUCUAUCUGAAAGCAGAAAAUGAGUAAUUUGAGUAUUUUAAAUAGGAAAGUAUGUUUUCCUGUUUACAGUGAAUUGUGAAAUAAUUAUGAAUUGUUUCACACGUUGUUCAAAAGUGCUGAAUAAGUGUUUAUCAUUUUGUGAUGUUCUGUUAACACAUUGCGCAAAUUGUUUAGAUGCAUUCGUAUUUGAUUAAAUAAAUUAUAACCUACCACGAUUUAAGGAGUCUAAAGUCGAAUUUUCGAGGAUUUUUGAUUUAUUUAAUUUUAUAACAAAAAUAAAUUAAUGAUAAUAAUUACUACAUCUUACUGAUAAUUAUUACAUAUUAUGUGGCUGGCUAAACAGAAUUAUCUAGUCCUUUUGUUUAUUGCAAACAUACGAAUAAAAAUAAAACUCAACGCUGAAGCUACAAAAAAAGUUAAAUUAAAGUAAAAAAUAUAUAAAGGCAUUUGUCUUAAGCUAUUUAGUCAACAAACGAACAAAUUUAGUUUCUUAGAUGGAUUAAUAAAUGCGAUCCUACCGAGGAGGGUAGAAUAAUAAUAUUCCACCCUCCUCGGAUCCUACCAAUUUAAGAUUUUUUUUCCCGUUCUGCCACUUCUUGUUUAACUUGCUCCUUACAUCUUAUGAGCAUUUGUCUUAGCCACCUCACCUGUCUUUCUUCUGUCACUUUUUCUAUCGGCUUUAUCUGCAACCCUUCAACUAUUAUUGUGUUUCUUAUUCAAUCUCAUUGUUAAAUUGUUAUCAUAUUAGGGCAUUGUUCCUUUAUUAACAUAUUUCUAGGUUUCAACGAACAACAGUAAGAGUUCUUAAUUAUAAUGAAUAUCGUGAUGAGAUGAGUGUAAGCCGUACUUUAAAUC